AUGUCAACGCACGCUUCUUUCCCAGAUCUCAAAGGCAAGGUUGCCCUGGUCACCGGCAUCGGACAGACUGGCAGCGAUGGCAAUGUUUGGGGCGACGAGCCAAGGGUAUGGGGCAAUGGUGCCGCCACCGCCCGUCUUCUCGCAUUGAACGGCGUCAAGGUCUUCGGGUGUGAUAUCAACAUGGUCAGUGCCAAAAACACCCAGCAGCGGAUACAGGCCCUUGGAGGUGUUGUCGAGAUCGCGGAGGCGGACGUAACCAAGAGCGGAGACGUGAAGAGGCUAGUACAGGAAGCACUCAAGGCCUUUGGUCGCAUUGAUAUUCUGGUGAACAAUGUUGGUCGCUCGGAGCCUGGAUGUCCUGCCACAAUGGAGGAGCAUAUUUGGGAUGCCCAGGCGGAUCUCAAUGUGAAGUCGGUAUAUCUUACCUGUCAUGAGGUUCUUCCCCUCAUGGAAGCCCAAGGCAGCGGCAGCAUCAUCAAUAUUGCCUCCAUUGCCGGCCUGCGCUAUAUUGGAAAGCCGCAAGUCGCCUACUCAACCUUCAAGGCCGCCGUGAUUCAGUUCACCAAGGCGACCGCUGUCAUAUAUGCGCCUAGAAAGGUUCGCCUGAACAGUGUGGUGCCAGGACUCAUGCACACGCCUCUCGUGGGCUACCUGGCGGACAAAUAUGCUGGUGGUGACAUCGAUGGCUUCGUAAAGAAGCGAGAUGAUGCGGUCCCAACGGGUAAGCAGGGAGAUAGCUUUGACAUUGCCAACGCGGUGACGUUCCUCGCUUCUGAAAGUUCUAAAUACAUUACUGGACAGAAGUUGGUGGUAGAUGGUGGUAUCACAUCUUCGACGAGAUAG